AGUGAAAGAAGAAGAAGAUAAGAAGAGUGUUUAUCCUCUCUCGUCUCUCCUCUUCUCUGUAUAGCUCGAAUGGCGAUGACAAUGGCGUCUCUUUCCUUCCCAUCUUCACUCAACAAACCAACCUUAUCCUCCUCACUACUCAACCCAUCGAAAGCCUCUUCCUUUCUCACCAAACCCUCUCCCAAACCCAAACGAGCCCUCACAAUCUCCAUGUCCAUGGAAGCCGGAAUCGGCGUGAUGGCCUCAAAGCUCGGGAUGAUGUCUUUCUUCGAGCCAGACGGAACCGUGGUCCCCGUAACCGUCGUCGGGUUCCGCGAAGGCAACAUCGUGACCCAGGUCAAAACCUUGGCCACCGACGGGUACGACGCCGUCCAGGUCGGGUACCGCCGCGUCCGCGACAAGAAGCUGACGAAGCCCGAGACGGGCCAUCUCGAGAAGGCCGGCGUGAUCCCGCUGCGGCAUCUCCAGGAGUUCAGGCUGACGAGCGUGGAAGGGUUCGAGCCGAACCAGAAGCUGGUGUUCGAUGAGAUUUUCAAGGAAGGUGAUCUUGUUGACGUGGCGGGGACGACGAUUGGGAAAGGGUUCCAGGGAGGGAUUAAGAGGCAUAACUUCAAGAGAGGGCAGAUGACUCAUGGUUCCAAGAGUCAUCGUGCUUUGGGGUCUAUUGGUGCCGGGACGACGCCCGGGAGGGUUUACAAAGGGAAGAAGAUGCCUGGGAGGAUGGGAGGGACGAGGACGAAGAUUAGGAAGCUUAAGAUUGUUAAGGUUGAUAAGGAGUUGAAUGUUGUGAUGAUUAAAGGAGCUUUGCCUGGUAAGCCUGGAAAUCUCCUCCGCAUAACUCCGGCCAAGAUUGUUGGAGUUAAUAUCCCCAAGAACUAGAGUCAACUCUUGUGUUGUGUUGUAUUGCAUUUCUUUUGAUUUUGUUCCAUUUAUGGGUCCUUGAGUUUAAAACUCAUUCUUGUGUUAUGUUGUGUUGCAUUUCUUUUCACUUAGUUCAGUUUUUGGAUUUUGAGUUUAAAACCAUAUUGAGAAGACUCACUCUUGUGUUAACAUUCCCAAUAACUAGUUGACAA